AUGGCGAGCUUUUCUCUCUCUGAGCAGGCUGCGGCUGAUAUACGCAGCCUUCUCGAUAUCGCCUCCACGGGGCAACCAACCGGCGUGCCCUGUGCCAGUACCGUUGUUGUUGGUACCAGUUCUCAACCAGAACUCUUUGUGCACUCCGCGACGGCUUCAUUUGGAGGAAAGGAUUGCGAGGACCGUAACGAUAUUUACUGGUUGGCGUCGUGUACAAAGCUCGUCACCAGUAUUGCUUGCAUGCAACUCGUCGAGGCCUCAGUUCUCCGUCUCGAUGAUGCAGACCAGUUGGAAGGUCUAUGCCCAGAGCUUGUAAAUCUCAAGGUUGUGCAGGAGAAUGGCACUCUAGAGCCGGCGCGGUCCCGCAUCACGCUGCGGAUGUUGUUGACUCAUACAGCUGGAUUCGGGUACUCUUUUUUAAAUACCAAGCUUCAGGCGUACUCUAAGGCAUAUCGCGCUGACGGAGUCAAUUUUAACGAAUUUUCCGGGCACAUGGAUGACAUUCUACAACCUCUUGUCAACCAACCAGGAGAAACAUUUGAGUAUGGUAUCUCCAUGGACUGGGCUGGCGUAGCCAUUGAGCGUGUUACGGGCAUGAAAUUAGGUGAUUACAUGCAGCGCCACAUAUUUAUUCCUCUGGGCAUACGCAACUUGACUAUGGCCCCCUCAUUAGAGAUGAGAGAGAGACUCGUUGGCAUGUGGCAACGCGACCAAGAGGGCCACCUUUCUCCUCGCACACCUCCUCUCAGCCGCCCGUUGGAGGCAGACGCAGCCCACAGCUUCCAUAGCGGCGGCGCAGGACUUUUUGGGAGCACCCGAGAAUUUGGAAAAAUCCUUGCCAUGUUGCUGCGAGACGGUAGAUCUCAUUUAGGCAAGGCGAUACUUGCACCUGCUACCGUUGAAGCCAUGUUUACCAACCAGCUAACAUGGCUGCCAAACUUUGCCCGCCGUCACUUACCUGCUGUAAAGCCGGAGCUAGUCUAUGUGGCCGAGGCUUUCUAUCCACCUUGCCCGCCGCCGACGCCGCAAGGUUGGGGACUGGGCUUCAUGAUUACUCCCGGUCCGACCGGCCGCUCUGAGAAGACGGGCCAAUGGUCCGGUCUUUCCAACGCGUUUUGGUGGUGUGAUCGGCAACAGGGCAUUGCCGGCAUCGUCGCAUCACAAAUUCUGCCGUUUGCUGACCCCAAGGUUGUCGAGCUUUGGAUGGGGAUAGAAUCCAAAGUAUACGAAGGCAUUAAGGCAGAAUCAUCAGACAAAUAG